AUGCAGGUGGGUGUUCUGACACAGAUAUUUUCUCUGGGUGAUACAUGUGGCUCCAAUGCACUGAACGAUGCAUUCCGCAGACUCCUCGAGAAUCUGCUUACAGACCACGACUAUUUGCACGAGGGCGGCGCAACCUUAGAAGGCCACAUCUGCAAGUUGGCAAUCCAUGACUUUGAGCAUUAUGUCAAGCCCGUUUGGGUUGUCUCUCAGAACAACCAAGAUUACCAACUUGAGGUCCUCGGGCUUCGGUCCGACCCCGGCAGUCAACGACCUUGUACUAAUCGAUUGACAAUCCAGGCUGGACACUUGAAGAACAUCUACCAACAUAUAUGUGAAGAGGUGUCUAUGCUUAUGACGAAGCAGCUGCAUGCCACAGCACAACUUGGCCUGAAGACCGGCAAAGUCGUCUUGGUUGGCGGCUUUGGGGAAUCAGCACCCUUACGAAGUCAUCUCCGUGAGGCGUUGGCAAACUUCAACGCUGCCCACGAUUCCAAUGCUCAGCUAUAUGUCGCCGACGAGCAUGAGCGAAUCACAGCAGUCGAUGCCGUUUCCUCCGGGGGUGUUUUGAAAGCUCUGAACAAGCUCUACGGCCCCACUCGAGUCGCAGGUUCAAGCUAUGGCACUCGGUGCGAUGAACCCUUUGAGGAUUCGAAGCAUGCGGGACAACUGAGUAUCCAGGGCCGCCAGAACACACAGGAGCUCUAUGUAGAAGCUAUACAAUGGCUUUCGAAGAAAGCAAGCCCUUGUUGGUCAAGAUAUCCCACCAUCGUUCCAGCAAUUGCACCCCGCUACCAAACGUUCCCUGUCCGGAACGCCGAUGGUACAAUCAACCAUGGGCCCUUCAUAUGCCAAGACGAGAUAUGGGUAUCGGAUGAGGCUUACCUAGACCACCACAGUUAUCUACACGAACAUAACAAAGACGCUCAGAGAAUAGGGACCCUCAAGACAGAUGUGGUACAUCUACUACACCCGCAGUUCCUGGUCAAGAAUGAGGGGGCCCAGGGCCCUAGUUGCGAUGAUGGUAGAAAUUUGUACUGGAAGUUCCCUUAUGAGUUGGUGUUGACUAUCGACGGCUUAAACAUGAAAUGUGUUCAAGCUUUCAAGGGGCAAGAGAUUGGGGCAAUGAGGGUGGGAAUCGCACCGGGAUUCGCACCAGGGGCCAAUUGA